CCCAAAGAACCUGUAUGCUCACCACGGUGUCAGUCAUUUUUCUAUACCAGACAAUAUCGGUUUUAGUUUUAAUUUUUUUUUUAUAUGUACACAAUAUACUGUAUGCACGACUAUUGGUGUAUGAAUAUUUAAAAAAUAACUUGUAGAAAACGCCAUAACUAAUUUACUGCAACGCUAUAUUAAAUUACUCAUCUUCAGUGCGGCAAUGACCAGUGAGAUAUUGAAUUAUUCGCCUCGACACUAUCAAGUCAACUACUCAGUGAAACAAGAGUGCAUGGCAUCCGACGGCCGUAUCGCCGAGGACCUGUCGUACUGGACAUCCGGCUCUCACCAGCCGGUGACCUGCGUCAGCCAUCCGGCCGGCAGCACGGCGUCCUCUUCGUCGUCAUUUGUGGACGACGAGUCCACGUCUUACGAAGACAUCACUUACAACUGUUACGGAACGACGACGUCCAUCGUGUCCGCUGCGGUUUGCAGCUACGGCGGCGGCGGCCAUUACGACAACGGCCAGUACAACAAUAACAACAAUAACUAUUACGAAAACGGUUACAAUUGUUCGUCGGUAACGAUCGGCUACGACGAGAAAACUUACGACAACAACAACGUUGGCGCGGCGUGCAAUUUGAACAACUCUUACGACGGUUUGUACGAUCAGUCCGUCGCCGGCGGACAACAGUACAGAAAACAGUGUCCCCCCGUGCCGUCGACGAUUUCGUCCACAGCGGUGCCGGUGGUACGGAUAGUCAAGCGUCGCAACACGGCCAACAAGAAAGAACGACGGCGGACGCAAAGCAUCAACAACGCUUUCUCGGACCUGCGGGAUUGCAUACCCAACGUGCCGUCCGACACCAAACUGUCCAAAAUCAAAACACUCCGGUUGGCCACGUCGUACAUCAGUUAUCUGAUGACCGUGCUGGACAGCGACGACCCGGACACGGACGGCUUUAAGGCGGACCUGUCUGCACACACGUCCAGGCGUUCCUCGUCCAACCAUCAAAAUAUGUCGAGUCGCAGUACCAAAAUCCAACAACAGUCUAAUGCUAGAAAUACAAUUGCGGCAAACGGCCAACACGAACAGCACACCAAACGAACCAAAGGAAGGACCGGUUGGCCGCAAGACGUUUGGGCCUUAGAACUGAAACAAGAACAAGUGUAAUAACCGUCUGAACCAAAUACUAUAUUGUAAUAUAUUUAACUAGUUUUUUGUAAAUUGUUUCGUUUAAUACCGUGAACCGAGAACGCUGUUUAAUAUAGUAUACUUUUACUUAUUAUAAUUAUUAGAUCCUCCUCGUAUGUUGUAAGGUCAUAUUAUAAUGUUUUAUUAAAGCAUUUGUCUAUCUACAGCGCUAAAACGCAAGUGUGAAUACAAAAUAUAUGAGUAUACUAUAUUUGACAGGGUCGUGCAAUUAUUAAAUAUAAUAAUAAUUUCGGCCAAAUACAAUGUACUCAUAGUGCCUUCAUAGUACUUUAGUGAUGCGCAAUAAUA